UCUUGGCAUUGCGCGUCAUGCGAGAGCAUUCUAGCAGGACGGAGUGUACUGCUGUUUCUGUUGCAUGAGUAAUAACAGCAGCGGCACACUGACUGAAGACAGCAGCACGGCUACGCGGGCAUCUCCGAGCGGAGGAAUAUCGCAGCUUUUAUUUACUCAGCGCCUUGUUGUUCAUUUUUCUACUUUAUGAUUGACUCGUACCUUCACGUGUGAAGCUUGCAUAACUGUGCAACCUACAUAGACUUCUUAAUUUCUUCUUGCCCUCGUUGUUGACGGAGGCAGAAAGCUACUUCUCUGUUUUUGAUCAUCCUCGCCUCUGGUCUCCGCGUGUUCCUGUGACGGACACUACUGGCAAGUUUCUCCCCCAAGGGACGAAAUAUGGAAUGGCAGUUGCCAUAACGGAAGGCAGAACAAGCGUAUUCUGAAGUCCAGGAAAAGUGGUUUGUAAAUCAUGAUGCAAGAGACGGCCACAGAGACAAUAAGCAACAGUUCACUGAGUCAAAAUGGAUUGAGCAACCUAAGCAACCAAUUAGAUGCUGGCGCGCGCGACGGCAGACUGAGCACUGACACAAGCGGGGAUGUGAGCACAGUCGAGCUGCUGCAUCUCCAACAACAGCAGGCCCUACAAGCAGCAAGGCAAUUACUCCUCCAUCAGUCAGGCAGCGGCCUGAAGUCUCCAAAGAACAACGACAAACAGCGUCCACUGCAGGUGCCAGUGUCUGUGGCCAUGAUGAGUCCACAGGUGAUGACCCCCCAGCAGAUGCAGCAGAUCCUCCAGCAGCAGGUCCUCUCCCCACAGCAGCUACAAGCCCUCCUGCAGCAGCAGCAAGCCGUCAUGCUGCAGCAGGUAACAUACGCACACAAGCAGCAACAUCUGCAGGAGUUUUAUAAGAAGCAGCAGGAGCAGCUUCACCUUCAGCUUCUGCAGCAGCAGCACCCGGGCAAGCAGUCCAAAGAGCAACAGCAGCAGCAGCAGCAGCUGGCGGCCCAGCAGCUCGUGUUCCAGCAGCAGCUCCUGCAGAUGCAGCAGCUCCAGCAGCAGCAGCACCUGCUCAACAUGCAGCGGCAGGGCCUCCUGACCAUGCCGCCCGGACAGGCCGCCCUCCCCGGACAGACCCUGCCCCCGCCAGCAGGCCUAAGUCCAGCCGAGCUGCAGCAGCUGUGGAAGGACGUGACUGGCGGUCACAACAUGGAGGACAACGGACAUAAGCACAGCAGCAGAGGCAACAGCGGCGGGGAGAGGAUCAGCGUCAGCAGCGGUGAUGGCGGCGGUGGCGGCCUGGACCUCACCACCUCCAACUCCACCUCCACUACCUCCUCCACCACGUCCAAAGCCUCGCCACCCAUCUCCCACCUCAGUCUCGCCAACGGCCAGUCCCCGGCUCUCAGCUCCCGGAGAGAGAGCUCCUUGCAUGAGGAGACAGGGGCCGCUCACUGUCUCUAUGGUCACGGAGUGUGCAAGUGGCCCGGAUGUGAAAGCGUCUGCGAAGACUUUGGACAGUUCUUGAAGCACCUUAACAGUGAGCAUGCUCUCGACGACAGAAGCACAGCACAGUGUCGAGUCCAGAUGCAGGUUGUUCAACAACUAGAAAUACAGCUUUCUAAAGAACGUGAGCGUCUUCAGGCGAUGAUGGCCCACUUACACAUGCGACCCUCUGAGCCAAAGCCGUCUCCCAAACCUCUGAACCUGGUUUCGAGCGUCACCAUGUCCAAGAACCUGCCGUCGGUGUCCCCGCCCACCCUACCUCAGACGCCCACCACGCCCACGGCGCCCAUCACGCCACUCUCCCAGAUGUCCCAGGUGCCGUCCGUACUCAGCCCCGCCAACGUGCCCAGCAUGGGCGCCAUGCGCCGCCGCCACUCCGACAAGUACGCCACCAUGCCCCUGUCAGGUGGUGACAAAGUAUUUACUUUUCCAGAGAUUGCCCCAAACUACGAGUUUUAUAAGAACGCCGAUGUGAGGCCGCCCUUCACGUACGCAACCCUUAUUAGACAGGCGAUCAUGGACUCCAACGACAUGCAGCUCACUCUUAAUGAGAUUUACAGCUGGUUCACGCGCACCUUUGCCUACUUCCGCCGCAAUGCUGCCACCUGGAAGAAUGCAGUGCGUCACAACCUCAGCCUGCACAAGUGUUUUGUGCGUGUGGAGAACGUCAAAGGGGCCGUGUGGACAGUGGACGAGAUGGAAUACCAGAAGAGGCGCUCCCAAAAGAUCACAGGGAGCCCCACGCUGGUGAAGAACCUGCCCUCCAGCCUGGGCUACGGAGCUGCUCUAAACGCCAGCCUGCAGUUACAGUUUUUCAGUGUCUCUGCUGCUGCGUUGGCGGAGACGUCCAUGCCCUCGCUGCUGGGGGGCGCCGGCCUGCUGACCAGCAGCUCGGCGGGGCCUCUGGCCGGCAGCCCCCCGAUCCUGAUGAGCGCCAGCCCGCCCAGCCUGCCCCUGCCCACCCACGAGGAGCUCAACGGCACGCUAGAGCACCUGGACACCAACGGACACACCAGCCCCGGGUACUCCCCGCAGACUCACCUGUCCUCUAUCCACGUCAAGGAGGAGCCACUCAACAUGGAUGACGACGACUGUCCGAUGUCGCUGGUGACGACAGCCAAUCACAGUCCAGAGCUGGAGGAGGAUCGUGAGCUGGAGGAGGGCAACCUAUCGGAGGACCUGGAGUGAUGGAUGAGCCCCACCUUUUCAACCCUUCUCAGUAUAACAAACCACACCAAUUAUGUCUGUCCAGAUUAGCCACAAGGCCACGUCCAUAGAACAAACCCCCCUUCCCCGUCUCAAACCACUCUGUUACCAAAACAAGCCCAGGAGAUUGGAGGUCAGACUAUUUAUUGAGCAUGUGUCCAGGAAGAAAGAGAAACGGCCCAAAGAAACUCUUUACUGAAGCCUCCGGGAGUCAGUAAGAACCAGCAUGAGAUGUCUGGUUGUUUUUUGGGGGGAAAAACAAACAAACUGUACAAAGCAGACAAAACAAAAAACAAUACAAAACAAACACACACUACAAAGAAAAAAAAAAGACUUUUUUUUGUUUCCGUCUCUCGAGCGAGCAGCUUGGACAACAUCAGGCUGGAGAAACAAGCAAACACAGGCACACAAGCGGUGCGGACGUUUUUAAAAAAACUCACAAGGAUUCCAAACGACCGAGCCUGACUUAUAUAAAAAAUAAUGGCCUCAUGUACUGCCAAAAAAGAAGACAUUUUAUGUUUGUGAAUAUCCCACCUGCAGUAGUUGUUGAUGUUAGAGACAAUUGCUGGUUCAAUUUAAAUUGUUCUGUUUUCAUUUGCACAGGAGUAGUAUCAGAUAUUAAUGUCACUGCCUGUACGUUGCUUCAGAAAGUUUUAAAAACAUUGUUUUUUGUUAUCGUUUCAGUUCUUUUUCUUAACCAUGCCUUUCGGAUAUUUUUGUUGUCCUUUUUUUUGUUGAGUUACAAAAGAAGCGCCAACUGUAAAUUCCCAUUUCUGAAUUCUCAAAGAGAGAAACACCACACGGUUUCACGACUGUUGCAGCUGUCCAAAAAAAAAAAACCAGAAAAGAAAAAGAAAGAAAAAAAAAUAGGUCUCUAUCUUUGUGCUGGGACGUGACGUGAUAAGUUGAGAUGUAACUGUUUGUGAGUACCACGCUACUAGAAGAAGGAAAAAAAAAAACGAAACCAAGAAAAAAAUGGCUUAGGGAUGCAUUUCUGCGUAUUCUUCUACCGUUGUCUUUUACCUCCUCUUUGGAAAAGCUUUGUCUACCUGCAAACAGUCACAGGCAACAGCUGCAAACCAAAGCCUACACUAUCAAUGGCCAAUAGAUUAGUCAGAAGGUACACCUUCUGUAACUUUAACCUAUUACAAAGAGAAGCUUUUUUUGUUUGUCUGCUAACUACCUUUGAUGAACCUCUGGGAUUGUCUCUAAUACCCUGUACAAAGAUUUUCGGACAGAGGAGCCGAUUUUAAAUGUAUAAUUUGAUGAGGAGUCGUAGAGGGUCCACUUUUGGGAGGGAGUUAUAUUGUGUGUAUUAGGGGAGGGGAAUUGUUGUCGUCUAGCCGAAGGUACAUAUUGGGAACCAUUAAUGAGCAGCUAUAGAUGGACCAUGACCAAAACUAAUAUUUGUGUAUCAGUGGAAGUACAAAAAACAUGUUGUUGUUGAUGUUGUUGCUGUGGAGAUAUUUUUUUUUUUUUUUUUUCUGUAUCACUUUUUAAUUUGUAAUUUUUUUAUUUUUCUAACUUUAUUCUUUGUUUUUGAUCACUUGUGUUGCCAUUGUGUUAUUGUUUUUCUAGUGAAUGUGUACUGUUCUGUGGGACUGUCAAUGAAACGUCACGUCUUUCUAUCGCCAUUCUGCCAGCGUAGGGCUGGUCGAGCGCAAAACCGAAACUGAAAAAAAAAACAUUGUAACCAAACAUUUUAUGAUAUCUAGAUAAGCCAAAAAAUCAAUUUUCUCAAGUUGUGGUAAGACGCGAUGUGGCUUGGUCAUUGUGUAAAAGCAAAUAAUAAUAGCCAUUAUAGCGAGGGUUCCAGAGGAAGAAAAAUACAAUUCUUUUCUAGGUGAUUUUUGCUUCAUAGCACGACAUUGAGCUCUGUCUGUAUAAACCAGCCUGUCGACUGCGGAGACUCACCCUCUGUCAGCUGUGAGGCCUCAUGUCAUGUUUGAGGUAAAGGAACAGGUUGAUACGUACAUGUAGCUGUGGUUGCGGUAUGGUUUUUCUAUGUAGCGAAUAUCAUCUAGAAAAGUGCACGUCGCUUUAACACUCACGUUUCUUCAGUCAAACCAAAGUAACACAAAUUCUGCCUCUACGUAUACGUGAUAGAACUGCUUCAACUGUGCACCAGAUCGAAAUCUCGCACGCAGUCCAGUUAGAUAUUUUUUGUUUAUUUACUUUAAUUCUUUUUUUUUCCUUUAGCUUUUUUCAUUUUUCUCUUUUUAGUCUGCCGACUUUCCCGGUCCUCAUUCAUGGCCAACUACCAAUGCAGAAGGGUGUCUACAACCUAAAAAUGCUUUGUAUUGUAUUUACAAUAUUGAUGUGUGUCUACUUUAAAUGUAUGGGGAAAUUCCGUGCAUAUGUUUGAUUUCCAGUGUGGUGCCACAGUCAAGAGGUUUGAUGAUAGAGCUUAGUGUGAGUGUGCACACACACACAAACACACACACACACACACACACACACACAUACACACACACACAGGCACUUAUACACACAGGCAAUUGUGUACUUAUAAAGUACACAAAUAUAAAUGCACACUUACACAUGCACACAUACAGACACACACACAGACACACACACACACACGCACACAUACACACCAGUUCCACUCAAAGACGGAGCUGGGCCCAGGAACAAAGCUUAUUCCUCCCGAUUUGCUGGAGUCAGCGAAUCGACUUGAAAACGACGUUCAUAAUAAUCUUAUCACACCAAAUAUACGGACGCCGUGUCUUUCAAAUAAAAAAAGGAAGGCUUUCUCCCACCCACUUACCCAAAAAAAAGGCUUUCUAAAGAAAAAAAGGUUCUACCUCUGCACAACGAUAUAUAAUUUUUUUUUUUCUUUCCCAACAAUUACGUCAGAUUGCACGUCUAACCCGAACGCCACAAGAGCUCUCUUUCUUCACUCUGCUCUCUCUCUGCUCUUCUGGGCUGGUCUCCAUGGACACGGCCGUCAGGCGGUUUACAUUCCCUGUGUCAGACCUGGCAGAUUUGCUUUGUGAAAAGUUGUCCUCGAACAUUUGUAGAAUGAUUAUGUAAAAAAAAAAAAAAAAAAAAAACUCGACCUGUAAGGGGAUAUUGUGUUUAAAAAAAUGCAUGUCUAAACUCAUUUGGUGGACUGGAAAAAGCAUCUAAAUGUGAAGCAUUGGGAUGGUGGCCUACUGUUAGCGUACCAUGCAUAUGAAUGCAUACCUCAGCUGUGUUGCUUUGGAAAGGACAAAAAUGACUCUACCACAGAAUGCAUAUAACCUGUAGAUUUUGCAUGGGUUUUGUAAAAAUGAACAAAAAAAAUAUUAAAAAAGACAAAAAAAGAAAAAAAGUCUAAAAUAGUUGCUUGCACACAAUACCAGGAAGACCUCCAGAAAUGCAGUCUGCUCCCUCUCUAGAUAUUAGGAUUGUCUGGGAUUCUUCUGGGAUGAUUCGUCUGUAUUUUGAUAAUUGUGCAUAUUAUGUAUAAAAAAACAUUGUUGGUGGACCCAUACAAAUUUACCAGACAUUUUUUUUCUAAGCUGAGAAAAAAAAAGAAAUCAGUGUUUCUUUUCUGAGUUUCAUGAAAGAUUUUUGUUCUGUUCUCUCUCUCUCCCUCUCUCUCUCUCCCUCUCUCUCUCUCUCUCUCUCUCUCCCUCUCUCUCCCUCUCUCUCUCUCUCUCCUCUCUCUCUCUCUCUCUCUCUCUCUUUUGCUUGCUAAGACUAGCAACCCUGCUUUCUUUCUGCACCUGCUUUGCGUAGCUGUAAGGCUUUAAACUAAUGUGUGUAUUUAUUGCUUGUACCUCUGUGAAUACGUUAUGAAGCAUCAUGUCUGGCCGUUGAGUCUCAUAUCCUUUCUACUCUCUAAUAAUCGGGAAAAUGAUCCCCUGUGUAUACAGUAAAUUGGAACUGUAGCAAAAAAUGUUUAUGUAAUUGGUGAAUAACUUUUUUUAAUCGGUCUUUAUAUUUUUUUGUUUUGUUUUGUUUGAUUGUUUUCAUUCUCUUGUUUUCAUUUUUUUAUUUUGUUUUGAUUGAGGGUAACUCAUUUUUGAUACUUUUCAUUACCGUGUACUGUGUCCAUAUGUUUAAGAUAGGAGAGUAGAGGUCAUCAUUGAGAGUCGUAAAAAAAAAAAACAAGCUGUUAUUAUUUUCUGUAUCCAUGGCUUUUUUUCACUGCUGAAGAAAAAUAAAGGACCAAAACUUAG